ACACACAUUGCCCGUCGGCCUGUCUGUACAGCGACGCAUUCACGAAAGACAACAAAUAAAUCCUUUGAUUGAUGGGCCACUGCAAUGAUACAAUCGUCCUUGCUAUGCUAGCUGGUGUCCAUCAUGACGUCGCCAUCAGCAUCUGCAGCGCCGCUAGCAGUGCCGUUGUGUGUGUAAUGGUCUUGUGGUGAUGGUGCGGCGGGGUCCUCCAGCAGAGUGCAGGUGGGGCAGUGGAACAGCGUGCCCUCCGCCAACACGCGACAUUCGCUGCACAACACACACCCACGCCAUGCCACGCCGCACACACACACACACACACGCAUGAAGAAAUAGGUCUGUCUGUGCGGUGGAUUGGACGGUGGAGUGUUGGUGCCCCCGCCCACCCCACCUGCAGUAGACCUCCCGGCAAUCGGGACACCUGAAGGCAACUGCCAAGGCAGACAGACAGAAGACAGGCGCACCCUCCCUGUCUAUGAGCUCAAUCACUUCACAGACAGACAGUCAGACAGUCACCUUCCUUACUUGUGAGGUUCUUCCUCCUGCAGCCCACGCACACGCCCCCUUCCUCACACUGCACACACACACACACACAAGAGUUAGCUAGCUACAAACACACACAGAGACACACACCCGCCCACUGACCUGCUGGAAGGGCUUCAUAGGGAAGAGGUGGUGAAACGACCGCGCGAUGUCCGUCGCCGAGACCAGGUUGAGAGUGCACGUCUGAGACGCACACACACACAUACACACACACACACACACACAGAGACAUUCGGUGCCCAUGUGGUCCAUCCAUCCAUCCAUCCAGCCAGCCAGCCAGGCAGCCAGCCAGCCAGGCAGCCAGCCAGCCAGCCAUGUGUGUGGCCAUGUGCUCACUCACUCACGCGGCAUUUGGACGGCACAUUGCAGACGAGAGACCGACAGCGGGGACAGAUGUAACCCUCGUGGCUGCAGCCAUGACAUGAGCCCGUCAAUGAAUCACAUCAACUCACACGCAUGUGUGUGUGUGUGUGUGUGUGUGGUCUUGCUUACGUGACUCGCAGGUGGCAGACACACAUCAUUGGCUCCUUCCGCCUCUGCAACGUCGGAAAGCCCAUCGGCACAAGCGUCUGCUGCAUCCCUACACACACACACACACACACACACACAGAGAGAGAGAGAGAGAGGUCUACCACACACAUCCACUCAAGCCCACGUACCCUUCGCCCAGAGGGGCGGGCUGACGUGCGCCAGCAGGAGCUCCUCGAAAUGGGCAGUCGACAGCGCCACGGUGUACUCGCCCCCGGUCUCCUUGCACACCGUCUGUAUGCAUCAACGCAUCAAUCAAUGGUCAGUCAGCGCGUCCACCGAGUGCGUGUGUCGACGACACCCACCCCACCCCACCAGCUACUGACUCAUUCACUCACCUUGAGGACAUACAUCUCUGGCGAGAGUCCGACGAUCGACACGCGAAUGCCCGCCGCCUUGAGCGCCUCAACGGUGGUCGAUAUCAACCUGCACGUGCACGUCUACAUGGAUGGCUGUGCUGUGUCGCAUGGAUGGAUGGCGCGUACCGUACCCUACCUACCCUACCCGGCGUCGCAGGUGUUGAGGCUGCCAUAGACGAUGAGGACCUCCCGCGUGCCGUAGGGCGGGAUCACCGACAGGAGCCGCAAACACCGCUGCACACAAACACCGUCUCGUCUACGUGUGCCGUUCGUUCGUUCGUUGGUGUAUGCAUGUGAUGUGGCCGGGCUAGAGCACGUCAGUCACGUGUUGGCGGCUGUGCUGUGCUGUGCUCACCUCCAGCCCGGUUUGCAGCGACGGGUAGCCCUCCAAGCCUUGCUGCUCCUUCACCAGCUCCAAUUGGUGAAUCUGACCAACACAACACACACACGUCCACACGUAUAGAUGUGUGUGUGUGUGUGUGUGUGUGUGUUGGUCAGACGUGCACUGCACCUGUUCGGCGGGGUUUGAGGUCAUGGGGACGAGCAGGUCGGCCCGCCGGUUGCGGAGCGUGACGAUAGCCAUCUGCGAGAUGGGGUUCUGGCUGUAGUACUCACGGAUGAACGACUGCAUGGGUGACCGAACAAACACACAAACACACAAACAAACAGACAGGCAGUGAGUAGUGAGUGGACGAGUGAGUGGACGAGUGAGUGCAACACACAACACACGCUCAGACCAGUCAGUCAGUCAGUCAACACUCCUUUGUGUAUGAGUGAGUGUGUGUGGGUUCGUGCACUGCAUGCCAGGCCUACAGAGCACUUCUGGAUGGCGCAGUUGAUGCGGUCUGGCCGGAAGUCCAGGUCGCGCAUCGACAACGACAUGUCCAGCACCAGCACCAUGUUCCUAAACACACACACACACACAUUCACACAUUCAGCAAAUCAAUCGCAUCAAGGAUUAUGCGUGGACACCUCACCUACCUGAUCAUGCCUUUCCUGACUCGUGCUCGCGGACCGCCGACCGUUGCGGCCCUCUGGCCGGCUCCUGUGAACACAGUGGCGCGUGGCGCGUUUGAACCAGCACCCAUUGAUUGUCGUGUGUGUGUGUGUGUGUGUGUGUGUGUGUACCAUCCUCCUGCCCGGCGCCGGUGCCCAACAGGAUGCCGCCGCUCACCUGCACACACACACACACACACACACGGGUGCUCCUGUGUGUGAUUGUGAUGGUGUGUCCAUGGCUUGCUGUGUGUAAGGUCGUUCAGUCGCCAACAAACCUGACCUGCACGUUCUCCCAGGACUUCUCAUAGUCCUGAUGACACACACACACACACACACUUCGUCUUUUUGCGCAUCUGACUCAUUCACUGCUUCAUUCAUUCACACAUCUCAUCCAUUCGUUCGUCCGCACCUUCUCCCAGCUGAAUUUCUCGGCGUCUUCCUCCUCCUGGAUGUCGUCCUCGCCGUCCAGCAGAUCCUCCACAUGCUCCAUCCCACCACCAGAUCCAACACCUCCUCCACCACCAGCAGGGGCCGCAGCUGCCGCCGCCAUUCUCCUUUGCC